GUGUACAUUAUUUCAGCGGUAUAGCCUACUGUACUACUAGUGUAAAGUGAAACUUUUAGAAAGGUAAGAUAAAUGAGUUUCUCCGCCGUGUUCAGUUGGUAAAAAAAGCAAAGAAGUAAGCGUUGCAUAUUGGUUUUCUUGUAACUCCGCGAAUGUGGUCACCUAAAGUUUUAUAGUGUGUCCUAGAACCAAACUGAGGAGAUAAUGCAAUCAUUUUCAAAUCAUCUUUUAUUCUUUACUUACUUUUAAUUCAUGCAUAUAAAACAUAUGUGAAUUUGAAAUCUUAUUUUCAAACAUUUAGAUUGAAAUAAAUUACAUAUGUGUUAUGAAGAAUUGCGAUUUUAUUUUAAAUGUAUGUAUAUAGAUUUGUUAAAAAAAAAGUAUUUAUUAUGAUUUAUUGUAGUUCAUAUUUUCUUUGGAUGUUUGUUGUGUGUGUUUAUAGAGAUAAGGUAAUUAAAAAAACACACACACACUUGUGAGGUCCUCUUCUCCCUGAUUGGCCAGAAGUGUCCUGACGUCUAAUUAAUAUUAAUCAGACUCGCCAGCGUUUAUUGAAAACUUCCCGGUGCGUCCAGCAUUAGAAUCUCAUUAGUAUUCAGAAUUGAAUUCCUCCCCAUCUGAAAAGUCCUCUGCCCGUCACGUUUCGUCAUUAAUAUUAAUUAUUAUAUUAUUCAUAUAUAAAAGCCGCUAAUCGUAACAGGAGACGUGAAGCGUGACGUCCCGUAUCCUAGGAGAUGUUUCCCCUUUGCCUUGGCCUCUGAUGCUCUGCGCGCGCCCUUGCGCAAAUCUGUGUCGGUUGCCUGGUCAACCAAAUGCGCGUGCCCCUGCAAGCUGAUGUCGGGUGCGCGCAGUUGGGAGACUUAGUGGAGCAGCUCGGACAAAAAUGAAUUAGACGCGAACCUGGAACAUAUUAUGAGAGUGAAGCUGGUUUAUUUUGGCCGCUCUGUGUAAAUAUAUAUUAUAAUGCAUUGUUUUAUAGGAGGGCAUAUGACUUUGGAUGGAGGUUUAUAGAAAUUCAGCAGCACUGAGGAUGACGAACAUGAUGAAGACCUGCUGUCACUUCUCAUAUGAAUGCUAUUAAAGUGUAUUUGAAGAGGAAUUACAUUUUUGUUUACCAUCUCUAUUUUGGCGUUUUAAGUUUAUUAAACUGAUGCAAUUUGGGGCAUUAAGGAUUUUUGGUGCACAUUUCAUGCAAGCAGAAAGAUCGAUAUUUGAUUUGUAGUACACUGGGAGUUGAAGUCAUUCGAGCUCCAGAGUUGGACUGUCCAGACGCCUUAAACAUGUAUGCAGGACGAAAAAGAAGAAAACCUGUGCAAAGAACGGUCAAGCAGGCUCCAGCUGAAAGGGUGAAGUCUAACCCGUCCAAACGUCAUCGAGAUCGGUUAAAUUCCGAGUUGGACCGGUUGGCCAGUCUCCUUCCGUUUCCAGAGGAGGUCACGAGCAGCCUGGACAAACUCUCCAUCCUGCGGCUGAGUGUCAGUUAUCUACGUGCUAAGAACUUCUUCUCAGUCGCUCUGAAAAACCACAGCUGUAAUGGUUUGUCAGCAAACAACAGUAACCAUGACAACAGUAAAGCAACGGGAUUGGUUGACGGCUGGCUGCAUGAAGGAGAGCUCCUACUACAGGCUCUCAAUGGCUUUGUGUUGGUGGUCACUGCUGAGGGGAUCAUUUUCUACUGUUCUCACACCAUCCAGGAUUACUUGGGAUUCCACCAGACAGAUGUGGUGCAUCAAAAUGUGUUUGAACUCAUUCAUACUGAAGACCAGCAGGCCUUCAGACGCAACUUACACUGGGCCUUGAACCCGCCUCCAACCGGCACGCAGACAGAAGAAUCACCACAAGAUGGAGAUCCUGCCCCAAGCAUGUCGCUGGUGACAUGUAACCCUGACCAGCUGCCUCCGGAAAACUCCUCUUUCCUGGAGAGAAAUUUCGUCUGUCGUUUCCGAUGCCUCCUAGACAAUUCUUCGGGAUUCCUGGCCCUGAAUCUUCAAGGACGUCUGAAAUUCCUGCAUGGACAGAACAGGCAUUCGGACGAUGGAGGCCAAAUGCCACCCCAGCUCGCCCUGUUUGCCAUAGCGACACCCCUACAGCCUCCUUCCAUAAUGGAGAUCCGAACCAAGAACAUGAUUUUCAGAACCAAACACAAGUUGGACUUCACCCCAAUGGCCUGUGAUGCUAAGGGUAAAAUCGUUCUUGGCUACACUGAGGCAGAGCUGCGAGUUCGUGGUUCAGGUUACCAGUUCAUCCACGCAGCUGAUAUGCUCUAUUGUGCUGAGAACCAUGUCAGGAUGAUCAAGACUGGAGAAAGCGGCCUUACUGUUUUUAGACUGCUUACAAAGGACAACCGCUGGAAAUGGGUACAAGCUAACGCUAGACUUGUCCACAAAAACGGCAAGCCUGACUACAUCAUUGCCACCCAGAGGCCACUUGUAGAAGAAGAGGGUGGAGAGCAUUUGAGGAAGCGAUCUAUGCACCUUCCGUUCACCUUUGCUACUGGAGAAGCUAUGCUGUACCAAAUCAGCUACCCCAUGCCAGGUUUCCCCGACACCCUUCAGGGCAAAGGCAAGAACAACAAAACCAAAAAGAGCAAGGUGGACAAAAGUUCAAAGGAUGAUCUGGACCCAAGUUCUUUGCUGGGAGCCAUGAUGAGACAGGACGAGUCUGUUUAUGUUUGCCAGCCUGCUAUGGAGCCUAGAAUGUCAUUCCACAGUAGCCUCUUCAGUGAGCAAGGAGAGACUAGCACUUUCUCUUCUCCGGCGGAAAAUGAAAAUUGGAAUCCAGCGCAGAAUGGUGUAACUGCAUUCUCCAAAGAGGGACCAUCAAGUUUCGACCCACUACUGGCAACAUUAGACUCUCUGUCCCUGGAAAACGAGGAAACCUGCUCUAACAGUGAGCUAUUCAGUGCCCUGGAAAACCUUGGACUCAUCGCAGAGGACCUCGAGCUGCUGCUUCUGGAUGAGAGGAUGAUCCAGGUAGAGAUGGAUCCAGAUUACGUCCCAUCUCUGAAUGAUCUUCUCACCAACAACGAAAUCCUCUCUUACGUCCAAGACUCACUGGAGAACCGGAUCGAGGACUCGAAAGAUGCUCAAAACCCUGCCACUGUAUUAGAUUCUGUUGAACCCCCUAAAUCAUGUUCUGCUUCCGAUUCCACUUCUCAAGUGACUUCCUCCAUGCUUGCUCCUUACGUACAUUUCUGGCCACAAAAGCAGAUAACACCCAUAGUUCAUCUCUCACAGAGUAUGCAGCAAUAUCUCAACGGCCAGUCAGUUUGCCACAAAACUGAGAGCUGGAUCCAGGCACCAAUACCACAGGUGUCUACAGCAGACACCGAGACAACUAUUACCCAUGAUACUUUGUUGGUGAACUCGGUACCAGCUGGACACAAUGGACACUGGGUCCCUGAACACACACAAGCCAACUUGAACUCUCAACUUGGUGAUAAGCUAACAGGAACUAGUAAAGCACAAUCACAGCAAUGGCAGCACAACCAGUUGCUUAACCCAUUCCAAUAUAAACAGAAAACAGCUGUGGGUAGUGAUACCCCUCCGAACGGGGUCUACAAUAAUCCCCAGUGGAAUGGUGGAUAUGACUUCACAGACCAGUUGGCCACAAAUGGACCUUGUUUUCCCAAUGGACAGAUGACACACACACAAACACUGGGUAUACAUUACAAUAUGAACGACAAUUCAGGGGUGGAAUUUACAAUGAACAUCAGUACAGCUGGGGAUGUAGGCCAGUUUCAGGGAGCCAUGGCCUCAUCUUCGUCCUAUCAGCAGGGUUAUCAGAAACAGCAGCAACAGCCAAAAGACGCACCCACUUAUUGCACCUCCUAUACCAAACAGAACUCCUCUCUGGAGCAUAUCCUGGGAUUAGCCCCACCUUCAAACCUUCCCUCAUUGACAGAUUACGGCUCUGUUUGGACCCAUGAUGCCACCCACAGUAAGAUGGAGACAGGCUUUAUACUCAACUCUGCUAGUGUGGCCUAUACAGGAAGUUGUUUGGUUCCCAAUGGCAACGCAGUGGCCACACCCGGCAACGGUCCUCAACCGCUUCCUGAGCCACACCCACCUCCCCCUGACCCUCAGACCAAUGGUUUCUACCUCUGAAUACAGAUCGAUACAGAUCCAUACGAAAAAAUCCCAUAAAUCAAGAGAGGACUUAAAAAAAAAAAAAGAAGACAUUAAAAAAAAUUAUUUAAUUUUUUUUCUUUCAGGUUUGCUUAUCAACUUGAAUAAAUACAUUUUAAGUAAAAUGAGCCAGACUGACUUCUGAAAUAUCAAACCAGUUGCUAAUAUUCCAUCCCAGAUAAUGUGAUCGCACUCUCAUUUAUAUUAUUCAUUCAGUUAUGAAUUAAUUAUGUAUCAGUUACGUUUGGAUUAUUUCUCUGUGUCAGAAAUCACUUUUGCUUCGUGAGACAUUUCUCCAGUUGACAGAUGCAGUGGAUCACAAUUUGAGAUGGUCUGUCUGUAUCAGGUGCAUGUUUGGAUACGUUUGUGCAUAAGUACAGUAUGUGAGUGAUAUCAGUCGCCAUUAAUUGGGCAAAACAUCGCAAAACAUGCGAUGCAAUGUCUGUAAAUCAUGUAGGAGCAUAUGCAGCGUAUAGUUCUUACAAAACGGAUUGUCUUGAAACGCAGUAAAGGAGUUUUUUUUAUGUUUAUAUGAACAGAUGUUUGGGAUGUAUAUUUAUUUAUGAAAAAAGCAAAGGUGUUACCUUCAGUUUACUGACAGUUUAAAGAAAACUUAUGUGCGAUGUCAAUAAUAAAGCAGUUUAGCAGUACAAAAAAAUAAUCAUACUCUUCUGUAGAUCUGUAGAUCUUAAGCCUUCUCACUAUUACAUUUUGGUGAGAUUAGAUUUUGGAAAGAUGACUCCAGAUCAAAAUAACUUUCCUUUUAGAUACAAGUGUUCAUGUUUAUAGUGAAUCCAGAACCAGCUCAAUCUUGCGACAAACGUGUAAUAAUUUUUAAGAGUUAAAAUAAAUCAGGUUAAGGCAUGAAGUUUUGAAUUGUUUCAAAUGAAGUAAAAAUCAUACAUUUUGUAUGAGCCAACCCGUACAAUCUACUAAAUAUCUUUAACAUGAUUAACUCUGAGGCCGUGUCCACAGGUACACGGGUGUUUUUAUAAACAGUUUUUUCUUCUUCCGUUUUUAAGAAAAUCCGUCCACAUGAAAGUGCAAACGUGUGCUAUGAAGCACUGUCAAGAGCAUGCCAAGCCAACAGGUGGCGAUAUAAUCUCAACUGUAAAGCCAUACUGGCCAAUCGGAAACCUGAAAAAGUUUCCAGUAGGCGGAGUUAACAGCGCAGUCUUUGAUGUCAAAAGCCAAAACUCUGGUUUCGCUGUCUACACGAUAUAACACAACCAGAGCUUUUGAAAAUCUUUACCCUGCAGACCCUGGUGAUGCGUCUGCAUGUGGACGAACAGCCAAACCGCAUAGAAAAAUCUGUGGUUUUAAAGAUAACCGUGCUCGUGUGGACUGGGCCUGAUUAUUGUGCAUUUGACAUGAGACCAUGUAGUCCAGAACUUAUCAAAAACCAGUUCAAGAGCAGUUUUGUUUUGUCCAUGAAAAGAGAUUCUGGGAGCUUACAUUGUUGAAUGUGUUGAGUAUAUUGUAAAGUAGUUAAAAAAGAAAAAGAAUAUUUCAUCAAGGUGCUGCAAGGUUUUAAUGAAUAAUAUUGUUAAAUGUUAUAGUAUUAUAAAGUCACAGAGAAAAUACAUUUCCAGGACAGCCUCUGUUUUACGUUCCUUUUUUUAAAUACAUACUGUAUAUGUGACCCUGGACCACAAAACCUUAAGUCUUAAGUCACUGGGGUAUAUUUUUAGCAAUAGCCAAAAAAUAUGGGUUAAAAUUAUUUUACUUAAUUAAUAACUAAUUACUUUACUUGUAUGCCAAAAAUCAGUAGGAUAUUAAGCAAAGAUAAUGUUCCAUGAAAAUAUUUUGUAAAUUUCCUACCGUAAAUAUAUCAAAAUGUAUUUUUUUAUUAGUAAUAUGCAUUGCUAAGAAUUCAUUUGGACAACUUUUUGGGGAUUUUCUCAAUAUUUAGAUUUUUUUGCACCCUCAGAUUCCAGAUAUUCAAAUAGUUAUAUCUUGGACAAAUAUUGUCCGAUCAUAAUAAACCAUUCACCAAUGAAGAGCUUAUUUAUUCAGCUUUUACAUGAUGUAUAAAUCUCAAUUUCGGUCCAGGGUCACAUAUAUGCUGUAUUUGCAGACAUUUCCCAUAAGAGGUACCACUGGCUCGACUAUGGAUUUAAAUUUCCUUUAAACACAUAUAUGAGAAAUGAUUAAAGAGUUUGUAAAUAGUCAAGUUAUUUGAUAUUGUAUUGUAUGCACUAUUUUAAAGAGCACCGCAACCUAACCAGGUUUGACUUUUUUCCGACACAAGAUGUAGGCUUCUAGAGAGAUGUUUUUAAGGAGUAAAGGUUGUGCAUUCUGUUUGUUUAUAUUAAAGGGAUAGUUCACCCAAAAAUGAAAUUUGAGGAUUACCUGCUUACACCCAGGGCAUCCAAGAUGUAGGUGACUUUGUUUCUUAAGUAGAAGACAAACGAAGAUAUUAAACGCAAACAGUUGCAGUCUGUCAGUCUAUAUAUAUAAUGGAAGUAGAUGUGGAUGAAAGCUUUGAGAGUCAAAAAAAAACAUACGCACACAAAAAAAAGAAAAUAAUUAAACCCUGUGACUCAUGACGAUACAUUGAUGUGUAAAGACACAAAACAAUCGGUCUGUGCAAGAAACUGAACAGUCUUUAUAUAGUUAUUUUAACUUUGAUUCAUCGCAAUGUCCUAAUUGUCCUGAGCAUGUUUGUGUCUUCUUCUUCAUCAAGUGCAUGGCAUCUUCUUCUUCUUCUUGCUUUAUGGCAGAUAUCUCUCAAAUGGACCAUUGACACUCCUAAUUGAGAUUGUAGAUAGAGUGUUAAUUGUCCAUUUGAGAAAUAAUUGGUGGUAAUGCACUUAUAAGUCUGCAAUCUGCCAUAAAGCAAGAAGAAGAAGCAUAACGCACUUGCUAUUGAGAACACGCUCAGGACAGUUCAGUUUUUUGCACAGACUGAUCAUUUCGUGUCUUUACACAUCAAUGUAUCAUCACGGUUCACAGGGUUUAAUUUGGUUUUGUUUGUGUAUGUUUUUAUCUCAAACUGUGAUUCCCAUCCACUUCCAUUAUAUGACUGACAGACUGCAAAGGUUUGAGUUAAAAAUCUUCAUUUGUGUUCUACUGAAGAAACAAAGUCAACUACAUCUUGGAUGCCCAGGAAGUAGGCAGAUAAACAUCAAAUUUCAUUUUUGGGUGAACUAUGUCUUUAAGAAGUUUUAAACUUUAAAUAAAUAAAAAUAAAAGGUGCCAUACUGGUAAAUUUUCUUUCCAGAAUUUUUAUGUUUUACUAUUUGCUUAGAACUUGUCAAUCCAUGUCAAUGGUUUGCCAUGUUUUUGUUUUAAAAUAACUCAUCUUUUUAUUUCAUUUUAUUUUUUAUAUCACUUUUGGGUUUAUUUUAAUUUUCUAACACUGAAAGUAGCUGAGACAAUAGGUACAUAUGAAGGGUCUGUUUUUUUUAUUAUUAUUUUUUUGUUAUUAUUAUUUUUAUUUUUAUUUUUUUUGCUUGUUGAAAUGUACAAUUUGGUCCUUUAAUUAAAGAAUCUGUGCAAUCACAACCGGACUUGUGCUUUGAAGUUCUU